UAAAAGCUCUGAGCUCCCGGCCCGAGCGGCUCUGGAGGUCUCGGCGCUCUCCCUGCAGGAGGAGGCCGAAGGAGCCUGUCCCUGAAGCAGCGGCAGCUCAGCUCGCUCGGCGCGCCCCCGGCUCUGAACCUUCCUGGCCUCUGGGCCCCGCGUACCCCGUUUUUGAGGACAGCGGCCGCCAGGCCAGCCUGCUUCGCAGCCACAGCGUGGUCAGCAGGCAGCCAGCAUGGGAGACUGGAGCGCCCUUGGGAAGCUCCUGGACAAGGUCCAGGCCUACUCCACGGCGGGGGGCAAAGUGUGGCUGUCCGUGCUGUUCAUCUUCCGCAUCCUGCUGCUGGGCACAGCGGUGGAGUCGGCCUGGGGCGACGAGCAGUCAGCCUUCCGUUGCAACACGCAGCAGCCGGGCUGUGAGAAUGUGUGCUACGACAAGUCCUUCCCCAUCUCACACGUGCGCUUCUGGGUGCUGCAGAUCAUCUUCGUGUCGGUGCCCACGCUGCUCUACCUGGCACACGUCUUCUACGUGAUGCGCAAGGAGGAGAAGCUGAACAAGAAGGAGGAGGAGCUCAAGGUAGCCCAGACGGACGGCGCCAAUGUGGAAAUGCAUCUGAAGCAGAUCGAGAUCAAGAAGUUCAAGUAUGGCAUCGAGGAGCAUGGCAAGGUGAAGAUGCGUGGUGGGCUGCUGCGCACCUACAUCAUCAGCAUCCUCUUCAAGUCGGUCUUUGAGGUGGCCUUCCUGCUCAUCCAGUGGUACAUCUAUGGCUUUAGCCUCAGCGCCGUCUACACCUGCAAGCGUGACCCCUGUCCCCACCAGGUGGACUGCUUCCUGUCGCGCCCCACCGAGAAGACCAUCUUCAUCAUCUUCAUGCUGGUGGUGUCCCUGGUCUCGCUGGCCCUCAACAUCAUUGAGCUCUUUUACGUCUUUUUCAAGGGCGUCAAGGACCGAGUCAAGGGCAGGAGCGACCCCUACCACCCGGCUGGCGGCCCGCUAAGCCCCUCCAAGGACUGCGGUUCCCCCAAGUAUGCCUACUUCAACGGCUGCUCCUCGCCCACUGCGCCGCUCUCACCCAUGUCCCCACCCGGGUACAAGCUGGUGACCGGGGACAGGAACAACUCCUCCUGCCGCAACUACAACAAGCAGGCCAGUGAGCAGAACUGGGCCAACUACAGUGCGGAGCAGAACCGCAUGGGCCAGGCGGGCAGCACCAUCUCCAACUCCCAUGCCCAGCCUUUUGACUUCCCUGACGACAACCAGAAUUCGAAGAAGAUCUCAGCGGGACAUGAACUCCAGCCCCUGGCCAUCGUGGACCAGCGGCCGUCCAGCAGGGCCAGCAGCCGGGCCAGCAGCAGGCCCCGGCCCGACGACCUGGAGAUCUAGACCCCGUCUUGGAGCUGUGGGGUCCACUUGGUGGUGGAGAAGAAGUGGUGCUGGAGGACAGGCAUCUUGUGUUCCUUUGUUCCAGCGAGGUGGUACUCGGCGGCCCUCCUUGGAGGCCUGGGACAGACUGACGUAGCAUUGUAGGUUCUCGGGGGCACGGGACAGGCGGGGGGUGGGCGGGAGGGUGGGAGGAGGUACAUGCUGGUCUUUCACGUAGUGGAUUCCGAGGACUCUGGCUCUCCCCAGAGUUGUGUAGGUGAGAUGUAGUUAAGGGCUUUUCUCCCCCACACCCCGGAGCGCCUGUGUGUGUGUGUGUUUUUGUGUGUGACAGGGGGGCUGAUGGUUAUGGCUGAAUAUAUUGUUUUAAUGUUUAUUUUCCCAAGAAACCGAAAUACCUUUGGCCAGGAACAGACACUUCCUGAACACCCUCUUUCUUUCCAUGAGAGAAAGACGAGGCCUGUGCUUGGUCUUCGCUGAAACAUUCCAUUGUUGCGUUUGCACUUGGAGGGCGCUGUCCAGGCUGCCCCUGUGGGCGCCCUUGGACAUGCACGGCUCCGUUGUUUAUUAUUAUUAUUGUUGUUGCUGUUCUUGACGUCAGAAGUUCCGACAAGGCCCUGGGGUGGGCGACCUGCUGCACAUCCAGCCCGCUCAUGCAGCCCUCAGCCCACCGCUGCCCAGUGCCCAAGGACUCUGCCGGACACACUCGGUAUCACUUACCACGCUUCUGAGCGCACGUCAGGGAAACAAGCCAUGCCUGGUAUCUGACAGUUGAGUGCGUGUGUGUGCAUGUGUGUGUGUGUGUGCGCAGGCGUGUGCGCACGUGUGUCUUAUUCGUCGUGGAUUGGUACAAAAGGUGCAGCACAGACUCCCAAAUGCGGAUUUGAAAGCAGCACACACGGCAUACAAGGCGUUCUGACCCGAUCCUUUUCCGGGGCCUCGGGUGUGGCCCUGUGUUUACAUUGUAAGAUUCCUGCUGUGCCAGCCUGGCCGAGCAGCUUUUCCCUAAAACUUUUUCCCUGGUGUCCUCCUGUGGAUGCCGGUUUUGUUGAUUACAGUUUUUUUGGUCUCUUUUGCUCUUUAGAAUGUAGCAGUAAUGCUAUUACCGAAAUGAAUGAUUUCCUUUUUUCUGAAAUAUAAUCACUGAUGCUUGAAUGAUAGGUUUAGUACUGUAAACAGGCUUUAGUCCUUAAUGUGAGAGGCUUAGGAGAAAUGCUUCGAUGGAGCUGUUGCUGCCUGUGCCUGCCUGGAUUCGAGGCAGCGGGUGAUCUCAGUCGUAGCCUACUUAACACACAUGGAUUCAGAACGCAUCCUGUCUGGGGUCUACGGUCUCGGGUGGCCAGCAACUUCGAUGUUUGCACUAAGAUUUUAUCUGGGACCCAAGAGAAGCUGAGGUUUCAGGAGUGCACAUGUAACUAAUUUAUUUGAACUGUAUGCUAAAGACAUCGGCCAGUUUCUUCAAGUGCCUUUUUGAAACUCGUCAUGUGUGAUCGGUGAAAAUCUGAGGUUCCUUUUUCCUUCUCGCCCAUCAGCUGCAUAGAACAAAUGGUUUUCAACAGCAGAAAACACUAAUGCGUCUGACAUUCCACAUUAAGCCACUGUUGUGGUCGGCUUCAUUGCAUGUAAUGUAACCUGGCCCAUUGGAUUGUGUGUUCUGGAGUGUUCUUUAUUCAAUAAAGGUUUAAUUUAGUAGAAA